AUGGUGUAUUCUCACAGCUCCCUCUUGAUGUUGGUGUCUGUGCUUCUCUUGCUUACACUCUCCAAUGUGGCUGAGGUUUAUGGUAGUCAUGGUAAUUAUAAGAAACUUAAACCAUCAGAAUGCAAUCCCAAGUGUAAGUAUAGAUGCUCAGCAACGUCGCACAAGAAGCCAUGCAUGUUCUUCUGCCAAAAGUGCUGCAAAAAAUGCCUGUGUGUGCCUCCUGGUGUUUAUGGUAACAAGGAAGUUUGCCCUUGCUACAACAACUGGAAGACCAAGGAAGGAAGACCCAAAUGCCCUUAA